AUGUUGAUAGCUAAUAUUGGUCUAGUGUCUUUACUACUUACUCACUACUAUCGAUUUAAUACCAUUGAAAAUAUCAAAAUUCUACGCGGAAUGUCUGUACAGUUUCCUCAUGUCACCUUAUGCAAUGUGGAUCCAGUCAGUUCUGACAGGGUGUAUUGCUUGAAAAACAUACAUGCCCCAGGAUGUGAGUUUGCAGCGAAGUAUGUGGAUGUAUUGGAGAAGUACAUGACUGCUAGUAACUAUUCAGAAACCUACAAAAAUUCUCCUGUGAUGAGCAAACUAGAGGAUCCAAGUAUGGUUGCAAUCUUCUUUCAACUUAUUGGAAUUGAGGCAGCCUCACAUAUUGGACAUCAGCUGGAUGACUUUAUCAUAUCAAAUCUGUGUGAACUGACAACCAGUGAAGAAGGUGGAAUAUUGGUUAAACGUAAGUGUAAAGAGGCGGGAAUUAAGCCCCUAAAUUUUGUCACUUACAAGCAUUUUAACUGUUACACUCUGGCUAUUACAAACCCUAAAAUGAGUACAAGAGCUGUGAGGUUGUCGGUUGUACUCUACCUGGAUGAGGAAGAGGAUUUGAAUUGUCGACCUCAUUGUACACACGAAUUCACUGAAUGGGCUGGCGGAAAAGUGGUUAUUCAUCCUGUCGGCACGUUUCCAGAUAUUGAAAAGAUGGGAAUGAAUUUAUUACCCGGGGCGUCGAAUCAAAUCCUCAUCGAAGAAGUUCGACAGUACGAACGCAAACACUUGACGAACAAACCAUGCAGUCGGGAGGGAAGCACUCCCCUGGAUACGGUUUAUUUCAAUAUGGAAACACAACAGUUUGAGAAACGCAAAAUGAACUAUACAGAUACUCUGUGUGUACAACUACAUUCACAACAGGUUACAAUGGACACCUGUGCUUGCGUGGAUUUUCUAAUGCCCAUACCUGGGUCGCAUAUUCAACAGAUUCAUGAGCUUCCUUUUUGUGGGAACAUGUCGCGUGUAAAUGUGUACAAAAGUCUGGUAUGCAAGCAAAACGUCCGUUUAAAUAACUCGCAACGUUUCAGGGAGCUGUGUCCACUUCCCUGCGAACAGAUGCACUACAAUUUCGAACUGACCCAACUUCGGUGGCCACAAAAACCACGCAUUUUGAAGUAUUAUACCGAGCUGAAGGACCGGAUUUACUAUAACCGAAAAUUCAAAAUCUACGAGAAAAUUGAGGCUGAGUCAAAAAUCAACGCAUCGAAGGCCCUCAGAUUACUGCAAGGAACGGAUAUAUUUGAAAAGAAUCUUCUUCAGCUGGAUGUGAACAGACCAAAUUUCGAUACACUUGUGAAGUAUACAGAGAAUGAAGAGUACACACUGCCCACGUUGAUGAGUCAGUUAGGUGGUAUUAACAGCAUAUUUUUGGGAUUUACCUGCUUUACCCUUCUGGAACUAAUCGAGCUUGGUUUUCGACUCGUCUGGGCCACCUGGCCAUCCCUGACACCAUUGCCAAAUUGGAAUUCUGGAAAAAAUGCGAACGUAUUGAACGGAGAGGCGGCGUCUUUGAAUACUGAAGCCGCAGAAACGGAGCAAGAGAAGCUGCCAUCGAAAAGCCUACAAAAUUCUCACGUAGCAGUCAAACAGUCAAAAUGCCCUCAAUCAGUAAUUUCGGUUGAUUGGAAUGAAGCAAAAGGUGAGACACAGCCGGAAGAAACGUAUGACACCCCUGUCAGUUGA